GUGAGUGGUGAAACGUCACCAACUACCACACUGUAGUUAGUUUCAAACCAGAAAACUGACAUAAACGAAGUAAUUAAUCAUUAGGUUAUGUUAAAGAACUUCUAUUAAGAUUUUUGACAAAAUAUUUAAAGUAUGUUUAAAAACUUGGGGGCUUGGUUUGGAAUAGAAGGUGAAAAUGGCCAAGUUAAACAAGAAGGCGAGUCUAUUGUUGAUGUCAACGAGGACACGAAUCAUGAAAUAAACAAAACGACGGCUGCUGUUGAAAGUGAGCGGACAAGUGCUGCUGAGAGAGAUGUUAAAGGCUUCAGUGGUUUCAUCUAUAAUUUCGCCAGCAGUGCCUCAAAGAAACUGUCCGAGUCCGUGGUUGAAACGGCACAAACAUUUAAGAAAAGUGUAGAGGAGGGAAAAAUAAAUGGAAUCAUUGAUAAGACCAUUUUGGGUGAUUUCCAGAAAGAACAAGAAAAGUUUGUUCAGGAGAAAAAAGCAAAAACGUUUGGUGCUGCUGUGCCACCAUGGGUCGGUUAUAAUGAAGAGGACACCAUACAGCAACAGAUUUUAGCUCUCUCAGCUGACAAAAGAAAUUUUUUGCGAGACCCUCCUGCCGGGAUGCAUUUUCACUUUGACUUUGAGCAAAUGUAUCCAGUUGCCAUGGUGAUGCUGGAGGAAGAUGAGCUACUCAGAAAGAUGCGCUUCCAUCUGGUCCCCAAACAGGUGAAAGAGGAAGUGUUCUGGAAGAAUUACUUCUACCGUGUGUCCUUGAUAAAACAGUCGGCUCAGCUCACAGCUCUAGCAGCACAACAGACUGCUGAAUGGAGGCAUGUGGAGAAACCUGGCUGCAGUCCUCAGGAUCCUCAUCAAAAGGAUGUAGUUAAAGGGAAAAAUCCAUCUGCCAUCUGUCGUACCAAACCGAAGUCAAGUGGGGAUGAAGAGGAGAUCUCCACCAGCCCGCAUGUGUCGGAAUUUGUGAGCGAUGCUUUUGACUCAUGCAAGAUAAACGAGGACGACUUGCGCAAAGAAAUGGAACAGCUAGUUCUGGACAAGCGGGAACAUUCAAACACACAACAGGAGGAGACUGCGGACUGGGAGAGAGAGCUGCAGGAGGAACUUCAGGAGUACGACGUGUUGGCUGAUAACGAGAACCACGAUGACAACUGGGACAAAGAGAUUGAAGAUAUGCUAAAGGAGUAG